AUGGCCAUAGAAUUUGUAGCCCCCAAAGUGGUGGAAGGGGAAAUUGAAGUGGAUAUAGAAGAUUCGGAUGUGGAAUCUGAGGUGAAGUAUUUGGAAUCUGCGUUGAUCAUGUACGCUUUAGGUCGGGAGUUAAGCAUUAACGCAGUGAAGAAUUUUAUGAGCAAGUUUUGGAACUUUGUGAAACUCUCCAAUAUUUUCUAUCAUGAGAAAGGUUAUUUCUUAUUGAAAUUCCACUCGUUCAGAGAACGUGACAUGGUACUUAUGAGAGGUAUAUUCACUAUUCGAAAUCCCCUUAUGGUCCUGAAAGAGUGGAGCCCGGAGUUUGAUUUCAAGAGAGACAUGUUGUGCACGAUGCCCAUUUGGGUGAAACUCCCUCAGUUGCCUCUGCAUUGUGGGGAGCAAGGAGCCUAA